CACCCCUUCCUUCCCUCCUCUAUAAUACUCUCUCACACCUUCCUUUACUCCUCUAUAAUACUCUCUCUCACCCCAUCCUUCCCUCCCUCCUCAGAAGUAAACUCAGAGUUCGUCCACAUUCCGUCCGUGCUCAAUGGCGUCAAAGGGAAGUCCCUCCUCCUCUCCGUGGAGACUCACUUUCAAAAUGAGGAUGUUGAGAUCCAGGGCAGCUGGUACCAGACCCGGCCGGGGGGCCCCAAAACCCUCCUGGUGACCUUCCACAACCAUUCAGCCAUCAUGGUGGCCUCCAUGAGACACAGGAGCCGCUUCUUUUUCCAGCCCCCCAACGCCUCUCUCCUGAUCCCCAGGCUGGACGAGGCGGCGGAGGGGGACUAUCACCUGGACCUGGAUAUUCACUUCCCCCAGAGACAGGAGCUCGUCAGGGUCGAGAGGACCAUCCAUGUCACUGUAGAUGUACCCGUGUCCACUCCUGUUAUCAGGAAGACCCCAUCUUCUACAGUUGUUGAGGACAAGGAGAACGUGACGUGGACCUGCUGGGUGGAGAACGGGACCAGGGUUCAGUACCAGUGGCUGAGGAACAACAUGCCCCUAGAUGCUAGUGAUCGCCAUCAGUUCUCACAGGAUAACUCUACUCUGGUGAUGAAUCCUGUGAGGAAGAAGGACAUUGGACAGUACCGCUGCCUGGCCAGGAACCACAUCAGCCAGAGACAGAGCCACACCCUGGACCUUAAUGUAUUCUAUGGUCCUUACAACCUGGCUGUAAAGUCUGACCAUGGCCUGAGGACCGGGGAGGUCUUCACAGUGAACCCUGGUGAGCUGGUGUUCUUCGACUGUCAGGCCGACUCCAACCCUCCCAACAGCUGUAUGUGGAUCUCUAAGACCAACAACGCCACUGAGGUCAUCACUGUGGGACUGCGCCUGGAGGUCACCUCAUACAAGCUGGCCCAGGCCGAGGAGUUCCUGUGCAGGGCGUAUAACAAUGUGACCCAGAAGCAGGAUGAGACCCAGUUCACCCUGGUGGUGGCCAGCCUGGGGACAGGAAAGGAGAGCUAUGUCCAGGAGAACAACUCAUUCUCUCCUCUGGCUGCCAUCACUCUGUCCUGUCUGUUCAUUACUGGCUGUAUGUUACUGGUCUACUUCAUAAAGACCUGUCAUCAUCCCAAGAGAGUUCUCAUGAACAUCUAUAACAGACCUUUGACAGAACCGAAGCGUCCACACUGUUCAGGUCAUGAGGAUGCAACUGAAGACUUUGGCAUCUAUGAGUUUGUCUCUAUACCUGGGAAAAUGGAAUCUACACAGGCAUCAAGCAGAUCUCUGGCACACCUAGAGUCUGUCCAGGAUUUGCAUACCACCAUCUAUGAUGUCAUUCGGCACAUCCCUGAAACUCCCACCCUGGCUAACCAAAGUCUGCUGUUGAAGCAGUGUGAAGCCUAAAGACCAGAAUAUUAUUAAAGAUACUUUCUGAGUCCCCAAGUGGAACCAUAUUCUCUGUAUAAUGCACUAUUUUUGACCAAAGCCCUAUUUCUAGAUAGGGAAUAGGGUGCCAUUUGGGACACAGUAAACAUUGUAAACAUUGUGUAAAUGAACUCCAGUGAGGUUUUCCUCCUGACAAGUGUACAUACCUUCACCAAAGUCCCAAUCACUUCUCUGAAAUCCCAUGGACAUUAUUCAUCAACGGAUGAAUCCAAAGAGCUUUAAUGUGUGAAUAAGAUAUACUGUAUUUUUCUCUUGUGCUAUUUCAAGCUCUCUCUCUCUGGAAGUGGGCAAGUGGGCAAGUAUGAAUGAAUUAUCACAUUGAAAGCAAGAUACUGUCUGAUGGCUGUGUUGUCAAACAUAAUUUUUUAGCAUGUAAAUACAUCUAUUCUACAGUGCAUGCAAUUACUUUCUUUUUUCCCCCCAAGAAAUUACAUUUUGUUUUACUGAAUAAGUCCUAUUUAUUCCCAAGUAAACAGAUGAUGGUCCUCUCUUUCUGAUGUAGCAUUUUUUAUCUUGACAUUGUCAAAUACACUCCAUCGGAGGUUGAAAUGCCAGGUGUGCUGUUGCCUGUCUGCAAAGUAUCGUACAGUUUCCUGAUACAGAUAUGUGCUUUUUGGAUUUUAAUAAAGAUUUAUAACAAUUUGA